AGUAUACAAAAAUUGCUGACCGUUGUCGACUCUAAUCUUUUUUAAACAAUUCUCGUUUGUUGCGCUAAACUUGCUCAGAUUUCAUUUUAGACCAUAAAGUCGCACUCUCCUAUUAUUAUCAUCAAAUUUAAUCUUUUUCUUUAUCUUAUCUACAUAUUUCAAUCCCCAUGAUCCCUAAUAAUGUACUCCUUUUCGUUCACAGCAAACUCAAAUAUAAGUAUGCGUGAAGAUAAACGAGGUUGAAAGAAACCCAUGGUUAUACAAAACUACCAAUAUUGCAAAAUUGCACCCAUAGUAAUUCAUUUGUCUUUCAAUCCACACAUAUACACGAAUUCCCAAUUCAUCACCCUCCUCUCACACACCUUUUACAGCCCAACCAAAAAGAAAAAUAUAAAUAUAAAAGCCUUGAAAGAAAUUCCAACAUCAGCAAACACUCAAACUAAGCUGAUGUGUACACACCAACGGCUGAGAUGAAGCUAAAGCAUUCCAAAUCUUCGUCAAAUACUUCGUAUUUUCAACUGAAAAAUGUCAUAGGCCUCAGUUGAAUUCCAGCAUCAGAAUUUAGUAGAUUUUGAUGCUCUUUUUAUUCCUUUACGAAUUUUCUAAUUGGUUAGAAACACCAAAUAAAAUACUCUAGUUCUAACAUAAGCUCUAUGCUGCCACGUCAAGGGUGGACCCCAGAAAAACAUACCCUUAUAAAUGUGUGACCUCAAAACCAUAUCACUCAUCUACUCGCAAAAAAAACAAGCUCAAUUCAAAACAAAAAAUUUAUUUCAUAAUCUCAAAACAGUAAUUUAAAUCUUGUAAAUACAUCUCUUGGUAUCAACACAUUACCAACUGUGGUACUAAUAACAAUGGAAACCGUAACAUCGUCUCACUUGGUUUCAAACUUUGCCAAUACUGCCAUGGGAAGUUCAGAUCCUAAGUUGACAUUGGCAAACAACGCACUAAAGAGCAAUCAAAUGUCAACUCACACUGGACUGAGGCCAUUGAUGAGCAACAUAGAUACGCUAAGAUUAAGCAACAAACCAAAAAGUACUACUGUAGAGCUGAGAAAAGAAAGAUUUCAUGCACCUUUUAUCAGAAGUGGGAUGAAUGUGGUGUUUAUCGCAGCAGAAGUUGCACCAUGGAGUAAAACAGGAGGUCUUGGUGAUGUCCUUGGAGGACUUCCCCCAGCCUUGGCAGCCAGGGGACACCGUGUGAUGACAGUCUCCCCUCGGUAUGAUCAGUACAGAGAUGGAUGGGAUACUAGUGUGACAGUUGAGUUCCAAGUAGGAGAUAGAACUGAGACAGUGCGUUACUUCCACACCUACAAGCGAGGCGUUGAUCGUAUUUUCGUCGAUCAUCCACUUUUCCUUGCAAGGGUGUGGGGGAUAACCGGAUCCAAACUCUAUGGUCCUAAGGCUGGAGCGGACUAUGAAGAUAACCAACUUCGGUUUAGCUUGUUGUGCCAGGCAGCUUUGGAGGCACCAAGAGUUUUGAAUCUCAACAACAAUCCAAACUUCUCUGGACCAUAUGGUGAAAAUGUUGUUUUCAUUGCCAAUGACUGGCAUACUGCUCUUCUUCCAGUGUAUCUGAAGGCUAUCUACCAACCCAAGGGUAUCUAUAAUAAUGCCAAGGUUGCUUUCUGCAUUCACAAUAUUGUAUAUCAAGGAAGAUUUGCCUUGGCGGACUACCCACGUCUUCAUCUUCCCGAGGAGUUGAGGCCAGUUUUUGAAUUUAUGGAUGGGUAUGACAAACCAGUAAAGGGAAGGAAGAUCAACUGGAUGAAAGCAGGUAUUUUACAAUCAGACCGUGUCGUAACUGUGAGCCCCUAUUACGCUCAAGAACUUCUAUCAGGAGUUGAGAGAGGUGUGGAGCUCGACGAUGUAGUUCGAAAGACUGGUGUUACUGGUAUAGUGAAUGGUAUGGAUGUGCAAGAAUGGAAUCCAAUAACUGACAAGUACAUUGGUACUAAUUUCGAUAUAACAACUGUUAUGACUGCAAAACCUCUUAUAAAAGAAGCCCUACAAGCAGAAGUUGGUCUACCAGUGGAUAAGAAUAUCCCUUUGAUUGGAUUUAUAGGAAGGCUUGAAGAGCAAAAAGGUUCUGACAUUCUUGCAGAAGCAAUUCCUCGUUUCAUCAAGGAAAAUGUCCAGAUUGUUGUUCUUGGAACAGGAAAAGAGGUAAUGGAGAAACAGAUUGAACAGCUGGAAGUACUCUACCCUGAAAAGGCGAGAGGAGUGACAAAAUUCAAUUCUCCCUUAGCUCAUAUGAUUGUAGCUGGUGCUGAUUUCAUGCUAAUUCCUAGCAGAUUUGAACCCUGUGGGUUAAUUCAGCUCUAUUCGAUGCGUUAUGGAACUGUGCCUGUGGUAGCCUCCACUGGUGGACUUGUCGACACAGUAAAGGAAGGGUAUACUGGAUUCCACAUGGGCCGUUUUAGUGCAAAUUGUGACAUGGUAGAUCCUGCUGAUAUAUCAGCUGUCGAAACAACAGUGCAUAGGGCACUAACAACCUACAACUCUCCAGCUAUGAGAGAAAUGGUCAUUAACUGUAUGACACAAGAUUUCUCAUGGAAGGAACCUGCAAGGAAAUGGGAGGAACUGCUGCUAAGCCUAGGGGUAGCUGGAAGCAGACCAGGAUUCGAAGGGACCGAAAGCAUUCCUCUAGCUACCGAGAACAUCGCAACUCCCUAAACUCGAAACAUCGAGCAAUACAUGCAAACGUCUGUGGAAUGGUAUAUGGUUAAUAAUGUGUACUAUAGUUUAUGUAAGAACUUAAUAACUGGCAAUAUUGCCUUAAAAAGAAGGCUUCUAUAAAGCCUGUGUAUUACAUUCAUGUUUGCUUGAUUAUUAAAUCAUUUAAUAAACAAAUGUAUGUAUUCAUGUUUGCCUGUGUAUCAAAAACAUCAACAAAUACAAAAACAAUGUCAAAAGGUCAUCCAACAAUUCAGUCUUAUUCAACAACAAAUUCACAAA